AUGGAAAUUUUCCAAGAAAAUUUAACUCUUCUUUUCUUCUUGGGCGUUUGGAAACCCUCGGAAUGGAAUCCUGGAACCGUUAAAUCCUCUCUGUACUCGUUCUACACUAUCUUAAUAAUAUUUUUAUCUUAUAAUUUUCUUAUAACUGAAUUAUUGGAUUUAAUUUUAGUGACAAAUAACGUGACUGAGUUUAUAAAUAAUUUUUUUAUGAUAACCGCGAUAUUUUCCGCGUGUGUAAAAUUAGUCAUUUUUCUUCGUUACCGCGACAAAUUUAAUAAAAUAAUUGAUACUUUAAAAAAGUACUUGCUCAAUGACAGCAACACAAAAGAAGAAAUGACUAUUUGGAAGCGCUCUAGCAAUAGAAUUAGAUCCUUGACAAUAUUCUUCAUAUACGCAAACUCUAUCGGAAUGAUAUUUUUCACUUCGGGCUUCGUUGGGAAUAUCAAGAACCGCGAAUUACUUUAUCGAGCCUGGGUACCUUACAAUUACUCGCACCCCGCAAAGUACUCGGCAACUGUACUGAAUCAACUUGUCGCCGUAAUUAUACUGUCUUUUACGAACAUCGGAUUUGUGCUUCUUUUCUUCGCGAUAAUGAUCAGCAUUUGUGCGCAAUUGAGUAUAUUUAAAUUGAAAUUUCAAAGGCACUUUUCUUACAAGGAUCAUCCAGAUGAUUGCUACAAAAAUAUUUAUGCUUCAAAGUUAAUUGGUGAAAUGGUGGAUACAUAUCAUUCUAUAACAAGUCUAUUUGGAAAAGUUCAUGGCUUAUUCUCUUGGGUAAUAUUGUUUGAAUAUUGUAUGGGAGCUGUUAUUUUUUGCACAAGUGCAUACCAUAUGUCGAAAAUGAAAGUUUUUUCUUUUGAAUUUCUCUCUUGUGCUUCCUAUAUUACAGAGAUAAUGUUGGAUUUAUUUAUUGUUUGUUUUUCUUGCAAUGAAGUAACUCUUGAGCUUCACGGUGCUUUUUACAAUUGUCAUUGGUACUUGUUAAAUAAUGAGGAUAAAAAAUCGUUAGGAUUCAUGAUGGUGAAUUCAAUAAGACCGAUAUAUUUUACGUGUGGAUAUGUUGUUUAUUUAUCUAUUGAAUCUUUUACAAAAGUA